AUGGCAGCGCAAUCCGUCACACGGUCUACAGUGUCCAGCACGACCCUUGCACCACCCAGAAUUCUAAGCACCGGAAUAAUUUCAGCACGGCAGACAAGCUCUUCAACUUUCAACACUCCGCCGCAAACUCAAACCUCAGAUUAUCCUGCAGCCUCGACAUCCGCGCGAAGUUCCUCCCUGGCUAAGCACGAAACAGAUCCUUUUACUCGACUGAGCCCUCAAGCAAUCGGUGGAAUCGUUUUCGUUGGUGCUCUGGUGACGGUGCUUUGCCUUGCGGUCUCAUUUCUUUUGUUGCGGAGAAAAGGUCGAAAUUCUCGCUCAAUUACCACCGACUCUGAGAGUCAGUCAACCCUUGGAUAUCAUAGGACUCCUGGGCGUGGCCAAUCUAAGAAGGGCAAACCCCGUCCUUUAGCAUUGAUCGAUCAAACAAGCAAUAUUUCGACUGAUUCCAUCCGGCCGCCCUCGACAGCAAGAUGUCGAAUGACGUAUUUAGGCCAGACUUCCACCAGUCCGCCUUGGUCCAUUUUUCUUGGAAGAGGAAACUCGUCAAUCUUGGAUUGGAAACCACAUAAUGGACUGCAGACUCCCCUCAGGCUAUCAAGUGAUACUACUAUGGUUUUGGACCCGUGGAUUAGGCGAAGCCGCCCGUCCCUCCCGCCUUUACCCUCGCAAACAUUUUCCAAACGACAAACUAUGCAAAGCCUCCCUCAGACUCCUCGAUAA